AUGACCGAUGCGUUAGGCCGUUUAUACACAGUUCAUCCAAACAAUUUGGAAUGCUUUUACUUGCGCUUACUGUUAAUCAAUGUACGUGGGCCGACAUCCUUCGAAGAAUUGAGAACGGUGGACGGGCGGGUUUGUGCCACGUAUCAUGCAGCUUGCCAAGAGUUACAUCUUCUUGAAAACGAUGCCCAUUGGGAUAUUUCACUCGCUGAUGCAUCGAAUAUUGCUCGACCACGGCAAAUACGCUCUCUAUUUGCGAUAAUCUUAACAACGUGCUUCCCAUCAAAUCCAAAAGACCUUUGGGAAAAAUACAGAGACUACAUGAGCGAAGACAUUUUACAUCGAUUGCGUACUACGAAUCAAGUUCCGGACAUUCGUUUUUCCCCCAUUGUGUAUAAUGAGGCAUUAAUUGAGAUUGAGGACAUGUGUUUGGAAAUCGUUAACAAAGCUCUGGUUCAACUUGGACUGCCUUCGCCGAAUCGAUCCAUCAACGGCCGUUUUAAUCGAGAUUUGCAACGUGAGCCACAGUUUGACGACGCCGAAAUGGGUAGAUUUGUUCAAAAGAAUCUCCCAAAGUUGGUUACUGAACAACGUAAUGCGUACGACAGAAUUAUGCAGGCAAUCAAAAGUAAAAGCGGAGGAUUGUAUUUCCUGGAUGCGCCCGGGGGCACGGGCAAGACUUUCCUAAUCUCAAUAAUUUUGGCAGCGAUACGCUCCCAAAACGAUACUGCACUGGCUAUGGCAUCUUCAGGAAUUGCAGCAACUCUUCUGGAGGGUGGGCGAACCGCGCAUUCAACACUGAAAUUACCGUUGAACGUACAAUUCACGGAGAGACCAACGUGCAAUAUCACUAAAAAUUCAGGAAUCGGGAAAAUCCUCCGAUCAUGUACGAUCAUUGUGUGGGACGAAUGUACAAUGGCGCACAAAAAAUCAUUAGAAGCCCUUGAUCGCACCCUAAGAGAUUUAAGAGGAAAUUCUGGCCUAUUAUUCGGUGGUGCACUCAUUUUGCUGUCCGGUGAUUUUCGGCAAACUCUACCGGUAAUACCACGUUCAACCCCAGCAGAUGAACUCAAUGCAUGUCUCAAAUCUUCAGGUUUGUGGCUGCACGUGCAUAAAUUGAGCUUGAAGACUAAUAUGCGGGUACAACUACGGAAUGAGGCAUCGGCAGAUUUGUUCGCAAAACAAUUGUUAGAUAUGGGUAAUGGCUUAAUGACCGUCGAUCAAUCAACACAAUGCAUCACAUUGCCGGCCGAUUUCUGUAAGAUCACGGCUACCGCAGAUGAGUUAAUUGCAAAGGUCUUCCCGAAUCUGCCACAAAAUUACAAAAAUCUUCAGUGGCUCGGUGCCCGGGCCAUAUUGGCAGCCAAAAACAUCGAUGUGAAUGCUAUCAAUUUCAGAAUUCAAAACAAGGUACCAGGCGAAUUGAAAACUUACAAGUUCAUAGACACUGUAACGAGUCAAGACGAGGAAGUCAAUUAUCCACCUGAAUUCUUAAAUUCGCUUGAUUUGCCAGGCAUGCCACCGCACGUUCUAUCGUUGAAAAUUGGCGUUCCCGUCAUUCUUCUACGAAACAUCAAUCCUCCACGACUCUGUAAUGGUACCAGGCUUUCGGUAACGAAAUUGAUGAACAACAUUAUCGAGGCUACAAUUUUAAACGGAAAGUUUAUGGGCGAAUAUGUAAUGUUGCCCCGAAUCCCAAUGAUUCCUACGGAUUUGCCCUUCACGUUCAAACGUUUGCAGUUUCCGGUGCGAAUCGCUUUUGCCAUGACCAUCAACAAGGCACAGGGCCAAUCACUACAAGUGUGUGGCCUAAAUUUGGAAAAUCCAUGCUUCUCCCAUGGACAGCUGUAUGUUGCCUGCUCCCGCGUCGGGAGACCGGAAGAUUUGUAUGUGUACGCCCCAGAUGGUAAAACGAGAAAUAUUGUAUAUCAGAAUGCCCUUCUGUAG